AUGUCGACUCCAACCACUCAGGAGACUUCUCAGAAGAAGGCCAUGAAUAAGCUCAAGACGGGCAAAUCGCCGGGCAGUGACAACAUCCACCCAGAGUUUGUCAUCCACCAGAGCACAGCAACAUCUUGCUGGCUAUGUGCUUUUUUCACAUCGUGCUACGGGAAGUUAAAGCUCCCAAAGACCUGGCGCAGUGCCUUCCUCAUUGCUCUGCCCAAGCCAAAUAGACCUGCGGAAGACCCCAAAUCAUACCGACCCAUCUCAAUGCUCUGUGUUCCACUUAAAAUCUUGGAGAGGAUGACACAUAGCCGCAAUGAGCCAGUGGUUGACUCACAGCACCCAAACUGGUUUCCGACGUGGAAGAUCAACAGAAGACCAGGUAUCACUACUCGCUCAGGACAUCGAGGACAGCUUCCAGGACAACAAGAAAGCUGGGGUAGUGUACCUGGACCUGACUGCUGCAUAUGAUACCAUGUGGCACUGUGGUCUCCAUCUGAACUGUUGAAGACAAUUUCAGACCGGCACAUGGUGAAGUUCAUCAUGGAGACACUGUCCAAUCACAGCUUUGUCCUCCAGACCAGCAGUGGCCAGCGAGUAGGCUCAGAAGACUGAGGAACAGGGUUCUGCAGGGGUCAGUUCUCUCACUGAUGCUGUUCAACAUCUACAUACAGUGCAUCCGGAAAGUAUUUAUACCACUUCACUUUUUCCACAUUUUGUUAUGUUACAGCCUUAUUCCAAAAUGGAUUAAAUUCCCUUUUUCCCUCAAAAAUUCUACACAAAAUACCCCAUAAUGACAAAGCAAAAAACUUUUUAGAACAUUUUGCAAAUUUAUUAAAAAUAAGAACAUUCAAAUGUUGCAUAUACAUAAGUAUUCAUACCCUUUACUCAAUACUUGGUCGAAGCACCUUUGGAAGCGAUUACAGCCUCCAGUCAUCUUGUGUAUGAUGCAACAAGCUUGGCACACCUGGAUUUGGGGAGUUUUUUUCCAUUCUUCCUUGCACAUCCUCUCAAGCUCAGUGAGGUUGGAUGGGCAGCAUCAGUGCACAGCUACUUUCAGGUCUUUCCAAAGAUGUUCAAUCAGGUUCAAGUCUGGGCUCUGGCUGGGCCAUGCAAGGACAUUCAGAGACUUGUCCUGAAGCCCCUCCUUUGUCUUCUUAGCUGUGUGCUUAGGGUCAUUGUCAUGCUGGAAGAUGAAGCGUCGCCCCAGUCGAAGGUCUCGAGCGCUCUGGAGCAGGUUUUCAUCAAGGAUUUCGAUGUACUUAGCUGCCUUUAUUUUUCCCUUGAUCCUGACAAGUCUCCCAGUUCCUGCCGCUGAAAAACAUCCCCACAGCAUGAUGCUGCCACCACCAUGCUUCACUGUAGGGAUGGUAUUGGUGAGGUGGUAAGCGGUGCCUGGUUUCCUCCAGACAUGACGCUUGGCAUUCAGGCCAAAGAGUUCGAUCUUUGUUUCAUCAGACCAAAGAAUUUUGUUUCUCCUGGUCUGUGAGUCCUUUAGGUGCCUUCUAGAAAAGUCCAAGCGUGCUGUCAUAUGCUUUUUACUGAGGAGCGGCUUCUGUCUGGCCACUCUACCAUAAAUGCUUGACUGGUGGAGUGCUGAAUGGUGGUCCUUCUGUAGGGUUCUCCCAUCUCCUCAGAGGAAUGCUGGAGCUCUGUCAGAGUGACCAUUGGGUUCUUGGUCACCUCCCUGACCAAGGCCCUUCUCCCUGGCUUGCUCAUUUUGGCUGGGCAGCCAGCUCUAGGAAGAGUCCUGGUGGUUCCAAACGUCUUCCAUUUCUUAAUGAUGGAGACCACUGUGCUUUUUGGGAUCUUCAAUGCAGCAGAUAUUUUGCUGUAACCUUCCCCAGAUCUGUGCACCGAUACAACCCUGUUUCGGAGGUCUACAGACAAUUCUUUCGACUUCAUGGCUUGGUUUGUGCUCUGACGUGCUCUGUCAGCUGUGGGAUCUUAUAUAGACAGGUGUGGCUUUCCAAAUCAUGUCCAAUCAGCUGAUUUUGCCACAGGUGGACUGCAAUCAAGUUAGAGGAACAUUUCAAGGCUGAUCAGUGGAAACAGGACACACCUGAGCUCAAUUUUGAGUUUUAUAGCAAAGGGUGUGAAUGCUUAUGUACAUGCAACAUUUGAGUGUCUUAUUUUUGAUAAAUUUGCAAAAUGUUCUAAAAAAAGUUUUUCGCUUUGACAUAUACUGUAUAUGACAUUCCUGCCACCACCAUAGGAAUGUCAUAUAUGUGCAUAUAUAUAUAUAUAUAUAUAUAUAUAUAUAUAUAUAUAUGAUAUUCCUAUGGUAGUGGCAGUGGGGGGGAAAGUGGACCUGACUUCCUAGGGCCUGAGUAGGGAGAGGGGCCCAUGAAAAUCCAGAUUUAUAUAUAUAUAUAUAUAUAUAUAUAUACUACAGGCCAAAAGUUUGGAAGCAAGAUCAGAUUUGCACAAAAAAAAAUCAUAGUUUCAUAUAUAUAAUUUGCAACACAAUAAACAUGACUAUUGUGUAAAGAGUAACUUAUCAGAAGACAUUAUGACUAUAAUUGUUAAGUAUUUGAGUUAUUGUGGCUUAGACUUUGCUUUCUAUAAAGUAACCUCCUCUGGCUUUAACAGCAGCUUGGCAUAUACCAGGCAUUCGUUCCACAAGUUUUUUAUGGUAUGUUCCAGAGAUUGCAUUCCAAGCUUUCUUAAGUUCAUUAAAAAGAGACUGCUGAUUCGUGGGAUGCAUUUUUCUGACCGAUCGAUCCAAUUCCUCCCGCACAAGCUCAAUUGGAGAAAGAGCAUAGACUGUAUAUAGAAUGGACAGAGUCUGCCUCCUUGCUGGGUGAAGCCACUCCGAGAACAGCACCCUCUGUUGAUGGGCUGCAGUAUAGGUAAUAAAUCCCGCCUCCGCCAGCAAAGCUUAUGGAGCUGUGGACAAACUUUAGAAAUUUAUUACACAGAACAUACAUUUUUCUCCCCCCUGCUUGUGAUGUUGACAUGUAGUUAUUGUAAGACUGGUUUGUGCGCAAGUCCUCUUUUUUCUGUGAAGCUCCGUUUUAAAAGUUAUUAGGGGGUUCAUGUUUGCUAUGAUUGACACCUGAUACAGCCUAUGGGCAUUCAGGGAUUGCGUAGUUCUCCAGGGUGAUACGCUGUUUGAGCCGAGCAUCAUCACAGCGAUUGCGUGGCCGAAUGCGCACAUUGCUACUGCGCAGGGCUGGUUUCAGGAAAUAAAGAAAAAUCCCAGAAAUACUGAGAGCUAUUUGGCUUCAAAUCCGUAUACAGGCGGUAGGUGGAACCAAGUUGUCCAUAGUAUAUACAGUCUAUGGUCUGGAGAGGGGGCCAAACCAUCUUUUGAAGGACACCUUCCUGUUCUUUUUUGUUAGGUAACCCUGACAGAGCUUGGCAGAGUGCCUAGGGUCAUUGUCUUGCUGCAAAACAAACUUAUGAGCCACUUAAGUCUUAGUCCAGAUGGAGCAGCAUGGUGCUGGAGGAUGGAGUGGUACUGUUCCUUCUUCAUGAUACCCUUUACGUCAAAAAACUCUCCUACACCAUCACCUGCAAAACAUCCCUAUACCAUGGAACUACCACCUUCAUGCUGAAUUGUGGGUGUAACACAUGGUGCUUUCAGACGUUCACCAGUUUGUCUGCGGACAUAGACUCUGCAUUUUGAACCAAACAGUACAAACUUGUUUCUAGUUAUCAUGAGUCCAAUUUUUGUGAGCUUUUGCCCACUCAUGUCUCUUUUUCUUGUUCUGUGGACGAAGAAGUGUUUUUUUUUUUGCAGAUACACAACCCUUCAGACCAGCCUUUCCAAACGUCAUUUCACAGUUGUCAGAGAUAUGAGUUUCGACCUUGUCAUGUUGAUUUCCUCCCUUAUUUGUGGUGCUGUCUUUCGCCAAUCUCUCUUACUGGUGACAAUAAUAUGUUUAUCCUCUGCUUUUGUAGUAACUCUCUUUCAUCCAGGUCUUUUUCUAUCAUCAUAACUUCCAGGUUCCUCUAGUCUCUUCAGAGUGUAGUGGACUCUUUUGUUAAACACCUUUCGGCGUUUUGCAAUCUCUCUUUCUGUGUAUCCUUCUUUCCUCAAUGUACAAAUCUGUACUUUUGUUUCUUUACUCAGUUGCUUCUUUAGCCAUUUUUGCGGUAGUUUGAACGCAGUUGAGAUUUAUUUGGAUUUUUGUAUGCAGACUCUCAAAAGCCAAAAAGUUGAAGUGAAUAAUCCAACUGUGAUUUGUUUUUUUGCUUUUGCACUGAAGUUGUAACUCUUGCAAAUGUUUUCAACCCUAAAACUAAGCCCUUAUUAUCUUUUGCUGACAUAUAUUUAGCAAUGGUCUGUUAACAUCAAUGUAUAUCUAAAGGUAAAUGGAGUAAAAUGGUGCAUUUCCAUGAAAGCAACAUCAGAUCAUGGAGUAAAUACAUCCCAAAAUACAAAAAACUCAUGCUGGAUUUAAAAAAAGGCAUUGUGAACAAAAUCUUGAAGUUACUCCCAACUGUUCGGCCUGUAAUGGCCUUGUUUCCAAACUUAUGGCCUGUAGUGUAUAUAUACAUACAGUAUAUACAUAUAUAUAUACGCAGAAAAGGAUCAUUAAAUUCUCAGUUAUAUCUAAUACAGUCCUUCAUAUCGUCACUGGCCAUUUGCAAAUACUUAUGCUUAUGGCGGUGUUCUUGUAAUAAAUCAAACAUUUGUGAAGCCCUAAAAGAAACAUUUUGACAGUGACUCCCUGGUAACUCUGUCUGGUGAUUACAGACUUACCAUCUUAAUUUAGAUGAGUCGUACUUGAAAUCUGAGUUUACAGCCAGAUCAGGAAAUUAUUCCAUCAUGCAUGCUUUUGGAUGUGUUUGCUCUUACUUCUAUUAUAUAUAACCCCAUAUUCCUCACACAUACAGUAUGUAUCUAAAAUGGAACAUGAUUGAUAUAGUUUGGACUAUUUGCAGUAACCCAGCUCACAUCAUUCAAGUUUCUCCUAUAAGAUGUCAUUUUUGCUGAGUUUGCUGUGCAGGACUGACAUAAUAAUAUGAAGACCAAGAUAUUUAUAUUUAUCAUUUAAUUCAAGUUGGUCCUGUGUGAAAAACUGAAUCUACUUUUCGCUCUACCAGGGUGCUGAAAAUGCAUAACUUGUAUUUUCUUUUGAUCAAUACAAAGUCUGUUUUUUUAACACCAGUAAUAUGAGAACAGGAGCUGAACCAGACUCUUGUAUUUCUUGCUUGUAUAUCAGUUGUCUUAUGGUGACAAACCCUAAGUUGUUAGAGUCUGACAACAUAUCUCCAAGUAUCAAUGAAGUAUCAAGCUGUCAUGUCACUACUAGACAAGGUCCUCAUUGGGAUGCACACACAGAAACAAUGAAGGGAAGAGAAAGGCCUCUAGCUGUGAUGGAUUAUGUUGAGAUGGAUGCUGACUGGCCCCUUGAGUCCAAAGCUCGGGUUCAAAUCACCGCCCUCUUUGGUGUAAGUGUUAACUGAUUGAUGCGUGACACAUUCAGUCAUUUAGGGUGCGUCGCUCUGCUUGACUGAAAGCCGAAAUAACCAGGCCAUGUCCUGUCCUCUACAGCAAAACACCAACCCAGCAGUUUACUGCAAAUUGCAUCACUUCAGACACUUUCUCACAGGACAAAUGACAUACUUGCAAAAUAGAGGCAUUUUAUUUGGCUGUAACAGAGUGUGUGCACACAAGCAAGCAGAACAGUAAGGGUAGGACUGGGAACAAAAUUCAGCCAAGGCAAUUUCUGUCUGGACCAGCCCAUUAAAUGUAACACCUGCUGGGAGGUCCUCAGUCCUCAGGAAACCCUGGUGUCAGCCUGCUGCUGCUCAUCAGUCCAGAAAUUCUCUUCUUUUUGGCUUGAGGGGUUUGCAUAUGAUGCUCAUAAGAGCAUGCCUUAGCACAGGCGAUUUAUUGAUUGUAAAGUCUUUGUGUAAAACAUUUAAAAAAGCUUGCAGUACCCAUAUCAUAUCCUUUAAUCAAUGAAGCUUGUCUCUAACAGGCAGCCAAAUCUCUCUGCUCUGAUCCAUAACAGAGGGGGUUUACUGUCAGACUAUGGGAUUAUGUUUUGAAAGAUCAUGUUGAGCCCAAAUAUGAUGUCCUAUGACAGAAGUGACAAUCCAUUUCACUGACAACCCAUGACAGGAGUUGGAAUAAACAUUAUUAUUAUUAUUAUUAUUAUUAUUAUUAUUAUUAUUAUUAUUAUUAUUAUUAUUAUUAUUAUUAUUAUUAUUGUUGUUGUUGUUGUUGUUGUUGUUGUUGUUGUUAAUAAUAAUAAUAAUAAUAAUGAUAAUAAUAUGCACUGCCCCUUUCUAAAAUAAAUACAUUUAUCUUUUUUUCACAGCAGCCUACCUUACGUCGAAGUAUAAGGGCCACAUAAAGAAAAAAAAAAACGAAGACUUCAAUAAUUUAAGAGAAUAACGUCAAGCGAAGUGACUCAUAUCUCAAAUCAAAAGCAUUAGCAGAAAUGCUUUUUCAUUUCAAAGUCAUGGCUGCACUAUUUGACUCAAAAAUAAAAAUCAAAAGCAAUAUUCCAAAAUGCAAUUUCAUUUUCUUCUUCAAGACUGCUCAUUUUGUGACUAAAUUAAAAAGCAAAAGCAAAUCACUUUAACAUUUAAUUUUCAAAAUAUUCACCAGCAAAAAGGUAACAAAAUUCAAUUUGAAAUGUCAAAUUCGAAAAUUCAAAAGCAUUAGCAGAAAUGCUUUUUCAUUUCAAAGUCAUGGCUGCACUAUUUGACUCAAAAAUAAAAAUCAAAAGCAAUAUUCCAAAAUGCAAUUUCAUUUUCUUCUUCUAGACUGCUUAUUUUGUUAAUAACAUAUAAAGCAAAAGCAAACUCAGAACUGCUUAUUCGUUUUCCGGCUUGCCGUGCAAAAAGCAUCUCAUAAUUCAAUCUGAGUUCGCAAUCUCAAGUGGCGCAGGAAAGUGACGUCACAAACCCCACUCGUUCUGGCCCCUUCUGGUCGAUAGGGGGCAGUGAAUCCGUGUGUCAUUCGUUCAUGAGUAAUGAUUUUAUUACAACUUUAUUCUCGUUAGUAAUGACUUUAUUCUUGUAAGUUAAGGACUUAAAUCUCUAAGUCUUAUUUAUUUAUUUUUCUUAAUGCAGCCCUUAUACUCAGUCGUACUACCUUAGGAGGUGACUUUUAAAAUUUUGAUUUGAAAAGUAUUUCUCCCUUUUUAAAGCAUAUUUCUGCCUUCUCAGUUUAAAACCUACAUGCCUGAUGGGCUCAGAGAAAGAGUGUGAUUAUUUCCAGGUUUUCUGGGGAGUAAGUCUACAGGUGUUGUUGGUUGGUAAGUUAAACGUUGCCACAUAAACUUGGGCCCUGCCUCUUUUAGCAUCCACUUUGUCUCUGACUGGAAGUUGGACAAAUCUCUACAGUCUGUAGAAUAAACUCAAACAUAAACAUGAUAAAAAAAUAAUAAAUAAACAUAAUUUAAAAAAAAAAGAUACUAAAAUCUUUAGUAAAUUAUUUAUUUCAGAUUGAAAGGUGUAAAAUAGAACAGGUAACUGUUGGGGACUGUGAAGGGUAUGAGAUGCAUUACACCCAAAACAGCACAAUGGAAAUGCAAUUGUAGACUGUGUGAUUUUACCCAUCAUCUUCUGGGGAGGUGCCAUGAAGCCCUGAGAUGGUUACUGCAUUCAAACAUUAACUCCAACCACUCCAAAACUACCAAAGAGCUAAAGUUAGGGUGAGCUUAGCAUCCUGAAAAACCUGCACAGUGCACCCACCUGUCAGUCAAAUCCUGGUCACUAAUGCAUCACUCCACUGUGAUAUAAACCAUUGUGUUUAAGACAAUUCAACCCCUGCUCAAUUUGAAUAGAAAUGAAGAAGUAAAUUAGAAAUGAGCGGCUGGGGCCAGUCUACUUUCUAAAUUUACCAGUUGAUAUGUUGAAUCCUGCUGUCAAAAUGGAUAUUAUAGCAUAAGUUUGUAAUGGGGUUUCAUUGGCUACAUGAGCCAGCUUCAAGUGGAUGCCAGAAAACCGCAAUUAUUUCUAACAGCUUCAAGUCAGCAGAGAGAAGAGGUGUGUGGGAAAAAGACUAUCCUUAGACUAUGUCCUAAGGAGCCAGUUGGACAUGAUAAAUUACAGAUGUUAGAUGGCUGAAAGCACUUUUAGUUUCCAGCAUCAUUUAUCUGAUCUUUCUCUACUAAUGACACGGCUGUUUUUGUCCAUCCACAAAGACUUAUGUUUGCUCCUUUUUUUGAGGGUUCCUUUACAAAAACUUAACAAAAUAGUGGGUGAAACAUUAAAACACAUCGUCCUUUGGCAGCAGGUAUGAUGGUAAACUCAAAAAGCACAAUGUUAGCCCAACCUCGAGGCGCCAGAUCGAAUAAUGCCCAUGUUGUUAUUGUGAAAGAAAAUGACAAACAACCUGCUCUGCUGAUAAGGUGAAUAAAGGUAAGGUGAAAUUAAUGUGAACUCUUUUCCUGUUGUGGUCUGAAAAAUAUUGUUUAUCUGAGUUAUUACAAUAUUUUGUAUACGAAUGUGUUUGUGUGCCAGCCAGGCAGGACCUGGGUCUGUCUGUGUUAUUUCCUUUUCUUGUCAACAGGGCUACCAGGAAUGAACUCAAACGGCCUCAUCAUGAUUAAGAAUAUGGAGAGAAGGCAGAGGGGUCAAGAAACUCCUCAAUUAAAACAGUGACCAGACAACUAAAGACGGAAAGAAUCCACCUCAGUAUUUGGUCUUUUUCUGACAUGCGUUUGAGCCUUUACACAAUCAUUUUUAAGUCCUUUUAAUUAAAAAAAAUAAAAACUGUAGUGUUGUAAAUCUGCACUGUUAGUUCAGCCAAUCUGAAUAAACAAAUUGUCAAAAAACUCGGUCAGGUAGCACACUGAACUUACAAUAGCCAGCUUACAUGACUGAAGCUUAUCAAGCUCUUGGCAGCCUGUCCUUCUGACAUAUAACAUAAAAUGUAAAAGUCCAAUAUGUCAUAGAGAGCACAAAAACAUAUCUGUAAGAAUCAGUGCUUUAGUUGACUGCUCAAGGACAACCAAGGAAAUCUUCAGUUCAAAAACACAACAUCUAUUUAGGUCACAUGAAAAGUUGUACAGCGCUGGACUCGCAAUGACAGAGCUCCUAGGAUCUCCAUCACAACAAGUGCCCAUUUCCGGGAGCAAUUUACAUUUAUCUUCUUGGCUAAGGCUGCCUAUCAUACAGAGGUUGGACUAAAUAUGCAACUGAGUAUCAUUGGCCAGUUAUCUCUGAUGUGAACAGGCCAACCACUGUUCACACGUCUUACUAAAAUGUGUGUGUGUUGUUGACCUUGAGGCGUGUGACUCCUGUAGCAAACCUGUCCAACAGAACAAAGGAAGCCUUAUAGCACAUCAGGUUACUCCUUAUCAAGUUAGAUGUCAUAGUGUUCUGAUUAGAUGAAAACAACCUGUUAGUAAAUGGAAACAUUCAUUAAAUUGCAUGAGUUCAGUGGAAAAGUACAAAUCUAACAUUAGCAAAAUAAAACACAAUUCAACAUGUCUGAGACUGAUCUUUAAAAAGAUGUAAACACAUGUAACCUUGGUGGCUGGUCUAUCUGUUAGCAUCAGGCCAGUUUUACUCAAAACUGAGCAUGUGGGCAUUUUAAAACUUUUACAGUGUUACGCAAGUUCUCACUCAAAUCCAUUAGUUAAAAAAAACUUGACACAUAUAUAACAAACUCGAUCAAAUUAAGGGUUCUUUUCCCUUCUUUUUGGGAUUCAUUUUUCUUACACAAAUAUGUCAAAUUAAUAGCAUAUGAGGGUUUUACCAGUCAAAGAUGGGAAGAAUCAGCAGCUUUAAAAACACAUAUAUAUCCGUAUUUUGUCAACUGACUCUUCUUCCUGUAAUCCAAAUGGACCAGAAAAGUCUGCUGAGUGACUGUCGAUGUGUGUGAAAUGUUGUGAUUGAUCCAUAAAUAAAGACACACUCAACAAGCACACCUCACUGAAACCAUGCAUGUUUUUUCUUCAAUCAGAAUCCCUCCUGAUUCGUUCCUAAAACUGCUUUGAAUGUCAGAAAGACCAGGUUUCAUCAGUAGUGCUUACUACUUUAGAGAAAUCCUGGGUGCCGUAAAUCAGACUUAGGGCUCUAUUUUCAUGCCUGCCGCUGGUGCGGCUGAGGGUGGAGCAGCCCGCGCAGUAGUAUUUUUGUCUGGCAAAGUCCAGCGCACUGCCACUUUGGUAUUUUGGUAGACUGAGGUGUACCAAGGUCCACAAAGCUAGGUGUGGUGGCGUGGUUAGGAGGAGAUGUCGGCAGAAUCAGCUGGUGCAGUGACAUUUUUGUGCCCGCUGGCGGCAUGGAAAGUGCACUGAGAGCUUGCCGAUUCAAACCUGGUCAGCUUUCAGCACAGGCGAAGUGCAGCUGGUCUAGUGGUAUUCUGGUAGACCAGCGGCAUAGUGUGCAUAUGUCACCAGUGCCCCACCGGCAGGUGUCCACAGUGUCAGGUACAUUUCAGUGCAAUAAAUAACCACCACUGCCAAUAUUCUGAGUCAGCACAUACAUUUUAAUCUAUAUAGAUAUAUUCUGAUUUAUAUCUUAUCUGAUGAGUGAGUUUGGCACGUGUUUGACACUCCAUCUGACCAAAUUAACACAGCUGAAACUGCAUUGAUAAAUAGUCACAUGAUGGAGUCAACAAGAUAUUUAAUUUGUCUCCCCCAUUUUUCUCUCUCUCUCUUCUUCUUUCUCAUGCAGCUUGACCCGGACAUGUCUCCUUGUCCUGUCCCCGUCCUGCUGCGGCUGCGGCGGCUGACCAGAUGAUUUAUUUUAGUGAUCAAAUAAAUUAUUUACUUAAAAAAUAAAAUAAACUUUUAUUCAAAAUAACCUGUUUAUCUGAUGUUUUCACAUCCUUAAAAUUCCGUGAAUAUUCAAGCCGGAGUCAGGCCCACAAACGAAUAUUAUAAUAUUCAGCUGCGUGAGUCAAGUUAAUUUUAUAUGCCAACAUCAAUGAAGAGCCUGGCCACAAAGAGUGAAGCGUCCUUUACACACAGGAGGUUCUGAUUUUAAUGCCAUGAUUGGAAUUUGUUUAUGUUGUGAUCUGUGCGCACAACCCCCCUUUGUCAUGUGGGCUCUAAAUAUAUGCAACUCGAUGUGAGUGUCUUUAUUUGUGGAAAAGGGUGUUUGUUUUACCAUUGGGUACAACCUUACACACACCAAAUCCCUCUGAACUUAUUUUAGAGCGUGUGGAGAAUGCCCUCCGCAGCGCUUAUCAAAACACUUGUUAAGGGGUUGCCUUCUGCCGCCAGUGUGUGGCAUUGCUGUCUUCAGCCAUCUCUUGUUCUCCUUGACUACUUCACAAAACUUGUAAUACACCUCGCCAGUGGCGGAUUUAAAGGUGAGGAGAGGAGCUGAUCUGAUUCUUGAGCUGCUUAGUUUGCCAUUCACCUAAAUAUGAGUUCAGUGAGCACAGUCAUUUUAGCCCAUUCACACACAACAUCAAUGUAGAGGAAUGAGCCUACAGGUAUCAGAAAGGUGUGGAUGGAUCCGGACUAAACUUGAAUAAGACAAUGACAGCUGAUCUCAGACCCCCUGACUUGAAAGUAGAGAUUGAUCAAUGAUCUCUUUUUGCUGAUAAUAAAACUAUUACCUUGUGGUUGCAUCUCACUUUAUAAUCAAACACAAGUACAAAUGGUGCAGCAUGGUGGAGCACUAAGAACAACAAGGGAGCAUGCACAGUCGGUUUAGAGGAUGAUCAAUAACCAUAUAUUUUCUGGAGAUUUUUCUUUAUUUCAUUUAGUUUUGAAAAACAUAGAGAGGUGGUGUGUAUUCUGUGCAGUCCAGGGUAAUGUGACUUGACAAUCACCACUUGAUUGAGGAAUGAAAACUUAAUUAUAUAGUAGUGUUCAAGAUAUCACAGGGUUCAUAUCCAAUAACUUUUUUAUAACCACCUUUGUAGUUGUAGACUGAGCACACAAAACACAUCAUCAGUCAGUCAGUCCAGCUGUCAGUUUGAUCCACGCUGGGCUGAAUUUGCAGUGAAACUUGUUUUCUCUUUCUUUCUUUCUUUCAUUCAUUCUUUUUUUUUCUUUUUUUUUGAGAGAAGGACUCUUAUUAACCUUGGUCUCUGCCUGUCUACCUAUUUCUCCAUCACCCAAUCUUGACCAAACAUAAAGGCGUGUAAAACAACAAUCAUACUCUUCAGCCUCAGCAUGGAUAGUUAAGGGCAUACAGCAAAUUUAAGUAUGCAAAUGAAACUCAAAUGAUGAACACUGGAAAAAUUACAAGUCAUAUAUUCUCAUGGUAAAGCUGUGUUGCGCUAUCACUGUUUAAAAAAAUUAAUGCCUAAUGUCGGGGUUUGGCUUGGUUACAACCUCAUAGUCUGCUUUGAUAAGCACCAACAAUGCUUUGUGCAGCCAAAUCAGUUUAACUGUGCUGCUUGUUUAUGUAUCUUCCACACUUUGAUGUAAUUUGGCAGACCACUCUAUGAAGCAGCUUCCAAGCAGAAUAAUGAUGGGCCAAGACUAUAUUCUACAAAGCUCAAGAGAUCCAGUAUUUCCACACGAACCUACAAUAAACACAUAAACACAAUGACUGAUUUGGGGGUAAAAAUAAAAUAAAAUAGAAUGAAAUGUAAAAGUUGACAAUGCAUUGUUGAUGACUGCAAACUCUGUUAAAUUUUCAUAGGUUAUCUUUUACAUGUCCAUUCCAUCCAUUAUUUUUACCACUUUUUCCCCACAGGGGGCUGGAGCUAAUGUCAGCAGUCAAUCAUAGGGCUGACAUACGCUUGGCUGACAGUAUUAUAUCAGGCCUGAUAUUGUAUUUUGGGCGGAUAAUCCAAAAAUAUGUACAAGGUACAGUAUAUGAUGCGCAUGAUUUGGACAGGAAGCUGGCAUACCCUGACAGAUACACCCACACAUGUGUAUAACAUGCAAACUCCACACAGGAAGGCCCCUACCCGGCAGAGGAUUCAUACCAGCAACCUUCUUACUCUGGGGCAGCACUUAUCAGUGCACCACUGUGGAGCCCAUUGUCUUACAAAGUUUUACUGUAAAUAAAUUACAGCAGUGUGUUUCAGAACAACAAUUACCUGUAAUUUUGCUUUCAUUUGUUCAUUAAUAGACUUACUCUGUUUUCCACUUAAACUGCUGAGGUAAUCUAGAAACUACAGCUAAAAGAUUUUAAUAUACCUGUUAGAGCCAUUUAUCUAUUAAAGACAGCAGUCAACCCUUGCUGCUGAUUGGUCCAAAGAUUAAGCAUGCAACCAGUGGGUGUGGGAUCCUGUUAUUUGAGGCUGUGAAGAUGCUGGACUCUGAUCAUGUUUAAGGAUACAUGGUCAGUCAGUCAGUCAGUCAGUCAGUCAGUCAAUCAAUCAACUUUAUUUCUACAGCACAUUUAAAAUAACCACAAGGGUAGCCAAAGUGCUGUACAAUGACACAUAAAAACAAAUAACACAGUCAAAGAACAAGAUAAGGCGAGCAGAAAUACAGUAAUGCAAAGGAAUAAAUAAGUAAAUAAAUAAGCAGGCUCACGGCAAGUGCUAAGAUGAUAAAAAACAAAAUAACACUAAAAAGUAUCAAAAGCCAAGGAGUAAAAGUGCGUUUUUAAAAGGGAUUUAAAAACAGGAAAUGAGGAGGCCUGUCUGAUUUUCAAGGGCAACUCAUUCCAGAGCUUCGAGGCGGCAGCAGCAAACGCUCUGUCCCCUCUGAGCUUCAGCCUUGUAAUGGGGACCGUCAGUAGCAGCUGAUCGGCUGAUCUUAAGGGUCGGGGUGGGCAAUAAGGCUGGAGCAUCUCCGAAAUGUAAGGUGGAGCAAGAUUGUUCAGGCUUUUAAAAACAAAUAUUAAAAGCUUAAAAUGAAUUCUGUACUGUACAGGGAGCCAGUGUAAGGACGCCAGGAUGGGGGUGAUGUGCUCACGCCUGCGGGUCUGGGUGAGGAGACGUGCAGCAGAGUUCUGCACAAGCUGCAGGCGGGCAAGCGAAGCCUGGCUAAUCCCUAUGUACAGAGAGUUACAGUAAUCAAGACGGGUAGUGAUGAAAGCAUGGAUUAAUUUUUCCAGGUCAGAUUUUGAUAAAAUGGGCUUCACCUUCGCUAUUUGACGUAGCUGAUUAAAGCUUUUUUGUACCACCCCGCUGAUCUGCUUCUCAAAUUUAAAAUCAGCGUCAAACUUAAUUCCCAGAUUAGUGACGACCUCUUUAAGGUAGGGUGAGAGGGAGCCUAGGUCGAUGUUGGGGGGGUGGCCGCCACUUGGUCCAAACAACAUUACUUCAGUCUUGUUCUCAUUAAGACUGAGGAAGUUAAAAGAAAGCCAGGCUUUAAUGUCCUUAAGGCAGUCAGUGAGUUGUUGGACUGAGUCAGAGUUGUUCUGUGCUAGUGGAAAAUAGAUCUGGCAAUCAUUGGCAUAAAAAUGAAAGGAGAUGCCAUGUUUCCUAAAAACAGAACCAAGGGGGAGUAAAUAAAAGGCAAAUAAAAGAGGGCCAAGGAUUGAGCCUUGGGGGACCCCAUGUGGGAGGGGAGCUGUUGACGACACAGAGUUGUCAAGUUGAACACAGAAGCUGCUGUCGUUAAGUACGACCGGAACCAGUCCAGGGCAACACCCUUAAUGCCCACACAGUGCUCAAGGCGAGAGAUUAAAAUGCUGUGGUCAACAGUGUCAAAUGCAGCAGACAGAUCUAGGAGCACAAGGACAACAAACUUUCCAGAGUCUGUUGACAUGAGAAUAUCAUUAGACACCUUUAAAAGCGCUGACUCUGUGCUAUGGAGAGCUUUAAAACCAGACUGGAACAACUCUGUGAUACCAUUAUCUUCCAAAAAUGGUAACAAUGAUUGUAGACCACCUUCUCUAGAAUCUUGGACAGAUAUGGAAGAUUUGAGAUGGGUCUGAAACUGGCACAGAGGGAUGGGUCAAGGCCAGUUUUUUUAAGUAGAGGCCGUACUACAGCAUGUUUAAAAUCCUUAGGUACUGUACCAGAGGAGAGGCUACUGUUAACAAUAUUAAGGACACUUGGUCCAAUAGUAGCAAGUACUUCUUUAAACAAGCGAGGGGGGAUGGCAUCUGCAGGGGAACCAGAAGGCUUCAUAUGGCUGACUAUGUCCUUAAAAAUAGAGAGGGACACAGACUCAAAUUUAGAGAAGACAGAUGAGGGGUGCAGAGGGGCUGAAUGGUCAUACGAAGGUUGAGAGAUACAGGCUCUGGUUGACAUAAUUUUAUCAGUGAAGAAGUGGAGGAAUUUUUCACAAAUUUCAGUGGAGGCAUCAACCAAGAGACUUGGGAGCCUCAAGGACAGUGUUUAUGGUUUUGAACAGAGCGCUGGGGUUGUUACAGUUAAAAGCAAUUAAUUCUGAGAAGUAUUUAUUCUUCUCGGCUUUUACAAUCCUCUGAUAAUUCCUCAGACUAUCUUUAAGGAUGCCAAGAGACACGUGCAGUCUGUCAUUUUUCCACCUGCGCUCCGCCCUCCUGCACUCACACCUGGCUGCACGAGUGACGUCGUUCAACCAGGGCUCGGGUGUAGGUUUGGUGCGCCGGGUCUUCAGAGGAGCGAUCGUGUCCAGUGUUUGUAGACAGGUGGAGUGAAAUCUCAGUACCAGUUCCUCAGUAUCCAAACACACAGAGGCUGCAGAGUCGUCCUCGCAGAGACCAACGUAGGUAGAGGAGAACAGAGCAGGCGAGGAAGAGUUAAACAUGCGACGCGGUUUAGGUGGAGCACGCAAUUUAACCGGACACUGAGUGGGGAUGUCAAAUAAAAUCGGAUUCGAGAAAACAGCGUCACAAAUGUCAAGGUUGGAAACACAUAGACCGUGCGAGAGCACUAAGUCUAGUGUGUGCCCGAGAUUAUGUGUAGAACCGGACACAGACUGCACGAAGUUAAAAGAGUCAAUGAGAUUUAAAAAGCUCCUGGAGACCGGCUCUUCAGGGCAACAAGUGUGAAUAUUAAAAUCACCAACAAUAAGGACACGGUUGUAUUUCGGCAGAAUUUCGGCCAGAAUUCAGAAAAGUCACUUAUAAAAUCCUUAUUGUACUUGGGUGGUCGAUAAAUGACGGUGCACAGGACAACAUGAGAGCAGCCCAGUUCAAACAAGCUCAUUUCAGAACUUGCAAAGGAGAAUUUCAGGCAGAUCUGCCGGCAUUUGAAGUUGCUUGUAAAAAUAACUGCUAUUCCACCUCCAUUUUUAUUUUACACUGUCAUUUUGCAGAUGCUUUAUCCAAAGUGAUGUCCAUUUGAGGUUCAGUUUUGCUACUCUUACUAUUAUUAGCUAUGUCAGUGUUGAAUUUCCUCUCUGAAUGUCAAAGUAUUGUCUUAUAUAAACAGAGUGAUGGAUUGAAGACUGAUUGUUUUUCCUUUGUCUGUAAAUACUCCUAAAUGAAAGCAAACAUUAUGCAUACAGAGCAUUUUAAAGGAACAUUCACAAAAUAAAAAUGCAAUAAGACAUCUUCUGUAAUCUUGCAAUAGUAAUCACUGUGAGGUGCGCUGAAAUAGAGGAUAUGAAUCCUGCCAGCACAGAAAAAGCCAUUGGAAAACACAAGCUGUUGAUAUUAAAAAUAUACAGCUCUAUAAUAAGCCUUUAUGUCAAACCUUUUCUGAGGAGUUUUCAAUCAGACAUAAGGCUAUGAGAAACAGAAAUGUGAGGGGCUUUUUUGUCUCCAUGGUGAGCUGUGUGAGGUCUGACAAAUGUCCUGAAGUGAUGUCAGCUCAGGCAGCAGUCGGGGAUGGAUUGGAAAGGUGGAAAUGAAAAAGUAAGAAAGAAGAAAAUGAGCCCUGCUGACCUCAAAAGCUCUUGCCUCACAUCUGCCUCAGGUUAGAGGCUCCAGGAAACAUCAGAAUCAUUAACAUUUUGAGAUUGCAUUGCUGGACUGACUGUACAGUUACAUAUAAAUUACAUUAUGAUACAACCAGCUUCUGAGUGGCUUUGUAGAAGCCAACAGUAAGUGUAAGCACAGAGCUCAGAUUUUAUGUUUGUGUGGAGCAUAUCUGAUUAUUUAAAAUAUUGGUCAGUUGUUUGGUGCAAAUAAUGUGGGAGUGUUGCCAAACCUAACCCUCAGAGAUCUCAUGAUCUCUCCUGUAGCAUCACCCUUAGGACAAAAAAACACCUUCUCACCUUCUAAACAGUGAGACUUUUGAGAAGCAUGCUCUUUACUGUAAAGAUUGUUCAUCUAAAACUUUUAGUAUGGUGUUGUAAAAUUACAGCAGGGACAUUAUUUUCCUCUUUGAAAGGACUGAGGUACAGUCAUGUCACAUGGUGCAAUGUCCUGAAAAUGUCUCAGGCAGGGAUGAGUCAUGAUUUAAUAACAAGUUAACAGGCACCGAGUAUCCAGCAGAUGUGUUUAAUAUGAGAACACUAUAAUGAAGGCAUGAAUCACACCCAGGAUACAAAAAAAACAAGUUAUAAAUUCAGCCAUCUCUCUCAAGUGGGAUGUAAAACUCUGUUAGCACAUUACUCCUACCACAGCUGUCAUUUUAGAGUCUCAGAAAUAUUCCAAUUACAGCAACAAUGGCUCCUCUUUCUUUUGUCCUUUCACAUUUUUCAAUGAUUUCAACUAUUAUUUUUUUCAUCUGAUGUGAUAAUGGGACUGGAAAUGCUCUGCAAUCCUGACAAACAGCCAAAAGGUAAAUUGAUAUUCACAUGUGAAUGAAAGCAUGAUGAAAGGCUGCUGAUAAUGCAUCUGAGAAACAUAUUGGAAAAACACCUAUCACUGCACAUUAAGUCCCCCAGUCCCCCGACAAAACUUGCCCAUUUCAUCAACACUUCGAUAAUGUAUUCAGGAAAAUAAUUCUGACAGAGUAUUUAACCAUGUCUACCUCAGGGCUCUCAAGUUUUGAACUAAGCUUAGAGUGAGAUUUCCUUGGGGGGGGGGGAUUGAAGAUAAUUAUUAGUAUAAUUAUCUCUUAAAUACAACGGAGUAUAAGGGGCACAAUUAGAAAAAAAAACGUUUUUAAAUCUUAGAGAAUAAAGUUAUUAUUUGGGAGAAUAAAGUCAUUGAUAUAUAAGUAUUAAGUCGUAAAGUUACCUGUUGUGAAAGAGAGUUGUUAAAAUCAGCACUGUGGAGCAUUUAGAUGAAUUGUACUUCAGUAUAGGUUUCACAGAUAUGAAGAUACUUAAUCCUUUGGUACAUGAGCAUUACACUGUCAUGAGUAUCAGAACUUAUAUUUGAGAUAUAUGAGAAAUGCUGCUUUUGUGGAGGGGAAAAUGGCCGGAAAUGGCUGUUCAGAGGCUAAAUCUGUCAAUACAGCUGUUAAUAGCAAUAGCAUAGGGCUUUAGUUUAUCAUAUGAGUCUAUAUGCUAUGAGGUGUUGAGGUCUCUGCAUGUGUAGGUUACUGACUUACUGUAAUCAUCGGGUCUAUCUCGUCCUUAUAAAAACCUGCUCUAUUUCGGCGAGUGUCUGUCUUCUUCUGUAGUCAAACCGUAAGAUAUCAAAAUCUACCCGGAUACAGCAAUGCUGCUUUUUUAAUUGGCUGUUCAGUAGAUAUACUUUAUUUGAUUGGCUUGCACGUGGAACGCAGCUUCUGAACUCUCGGAGGAACUCAAUUGAUUCCUACCUGUACCAUAGUUAAAGAGGUGCAACUUGGUGGACAUCACCAUGUUCAUUUAAAUGCGUGAGAAAUACAAUGUGUGGCGUGUGAGCGUGUGAACGGGUGGGAAUGCUUGUGUCACACGCUGAAUGCAUGAGACUUGAGAGCCCUGCUACCUUGAUCAAGGUCUCUCCAGUGUAACGGGUAUUGACUGGACCCAACUGCAGCACAAACAAGCAGGUUCACUUUAACAACAGUCUUUAUUGAACACCAAAUCCAAUGAAGCAGCAGAGUAUAGCAGGUGGGUAUGGCAGGAUUCGAACUCGGGUCUUCCGGGUGAUAGGCGAGCAGAUUAGCAGUGGACCACAGGUCAGGCAAGAGUUUUGGACUCGUGAGCAGGGAAUUGUCCACAGUCUUAAUUUGCUCCACGAGUGUAGUGAAGGGGAAAACGCUCAACUCACAGCUGGAGGAAGAUUUCUUGGAGAGUGGUUCAGGUGAGGACUGGGUGAGGAUCCAGAGCUUGCAGAGGAGCUGGCAGAACCAACGUCGGCAGAGGAGGUGAGUUGGCGAGGUGAAGCUGACGAGAAGGGGGAUCUCAACAGAGCAGGAACAGGCUGAGUGCCAUUCAGCCGCAGGCAGACGAAUAGCAGGAAACAGGCAGGCAAAGCUCGUAGUCAAGGAUAGAAGGCAGGUAGGUUUACCGGGGCUGAGGCGAGAAGCAAAGGUCAGGGGCAGAUCAGGUCGAUACCAGGUAAGCAGUCCGGGAAUUAACGCUGGAGAGUCAGGCAUGAGAGCGAAGACAAUCUGGCAAAGAGUGAGGGGAAAGAAGCUGCAUAUAUACUGGCCUGAUUGGAGAUGAUGAGCAGGUGAGAGCAGCAGGUGGAAGCAGUUAGCUGAUGAGGGGUGUGGCUGAGCAGCAGAGCAGGAGAGGGGCAGAGCAGACUGUUACAGAACCCCCCCCCUCAAGGGAUGGCUCCCGACAUCCCCAAAGGUUAAACUGGGGGGGGGGGGGGGCCGGGGGGAAUGGAGGUGGGCCUAAAACUCCUGGGAGCAAGACCUUGUCAUCUCUUCAGCAGGGUGGGUGGAGGGGGUCUGGAGGAGGGUUUCUCUGACACCUGACAUCUCCCCCGCAGAACGGUCCUCCACAUCCUGGACAGGUGGGGGCAAGGAGCGGGUUCCUCGACGAGCUGACUCAUUGGCUGGCUGGUCAGGAUGUUGCCGAUGAAAGUUGGCCACGAGGUUGGGGUCCAAAAUGUGGCGAACAGGAACCCAAGAUCUCUCCUCAGGACCGUAACCCUCCCAGUCCACAAGGUACUGGAGACCCCUACCCCGCCGUCGCGAACGAACUAGGUGGCGCACUACAUACACCGGACCACCGUCAACCAUUCGUGGAGGGGGAAGUAGUGGUGCCGCAGGGACCAAGGGGCUGUUGUGGACUGGCUUAACCUUGGAGACAUGGAAGGUAGGGUGUACUCUCAUGGACCGUGGGAGUUUCAACCGGACUGUCACAGGGUUGAUGACCCUCUGAAUGGUGAAAGGCCCAAUGAACCUUGGAGCCAUCUUUUUGGAUUCCACCCGGAGAGGUAAGUCUUGGGUAGAGAACCACACCUGCUGACCCGCUUGGUAGGUAGGUGCAGCAGUACGGCGGCGGUUGGCAUUGGCAGCGUAACAACCCACGGAACGGAGGAGGGUGGAGCGAGCCUGGAGCCAUGUUCUGCGGCAGCGACGGAUGAAGGCUUGGACUGACGGAAGGAGACCUCCUUCUCCUGGGCUGGAAAAAGUGGUGGUUGAUAGCCGUAAGCACACUGGAAUGGAGAGAGGCCAAUAGCAGAGCAGAUGAGGGAGUUGUGGGCAUAUUCCACCCACAAAAGUUGUGACGCCCAAGAAGAGCGAAUUCCUGGACGUCCUCUUGCAAAGUGGGCCACCAGAAACAUUGGAGGAGGGCAUGCUGUGUCCGUUGAAUCCCAGGGUGGCAGGAGAGCUUGGAGGAGUGGGCCCAUUGUAACACCUCUGACCUCAAGGCUGGUGGAACAAAUUGGCAGUUAGACGGGCAGGAACUGGGGCCCGGCUGUCCUUCUGUGGCUGCCCUCACCUUCUCCUCAAUGUCCCAGGUCAACAUGGCUACAAGACAGGAAGUAGGUAGGAUGGUCUCAGCUCCAACAACCGAAUCCUCUGUCCUCUGGAACUGUCGGGACAGGGCGUCAGGCUUGACAUUGCGGGAACCAGGACGGUAAGAGAGGGUGAAGUUAAAACGGGCGAAGAACAGGGACCAGCGGGCCUGGCGAGAGUUCAGUCUUUUUGCAGAGCGUAUGUACUCCAGAUUCUUGUGGUCAGUCCAUACAAGAAAAGGUUCCUUCGUGCCCUCCAACCAAUGGCGCCACUCUUCUAAGGCCAUCUUUACUGCCAAGAGUUCCCUGUUACCAAUGUCAUAGUUUCUUUCUGCAGAGGAUAGACGGCGGGAGAAGAAGGCACAGGGAUGGAGCUUCUGGUCAGUGCAUGAGCGUUGAGACAAGACGGCCCCCACCCCAACAUCAGAGGCAUCUACCUCGACCACAAACUGGCGUUCAGAGUCAGGCAUCAGGAGGAUGGGCGAUGAGGUGAACCGAUCCUUGAGGAACUGGAAGGCCGCUGCAGCUGCAGAAGACCACUGAAAGGGCACCUUGGAGGAGGUCAGAAUGGUGAGAGGGGCUGCAACUGAGCUGUAGUUGCGGAUGAAGCAACGGUAGAAAUUGGCGAACCCAAGGAAGCACUGAAGCUGCUUGCGGUUCUCCGGAACAGGCCAGGAGGUAACAGCUGAGACCUUGGCUGGGUCCAUCUGGAUGCUGCCUUGUGCCACAAUGUACCCCAGAAAAGAUGCUGAAGGAACAUGGAACUCGCACUUUUCUGCUUUAACAUAAAGGGAGUUCUCCAAGAGGCGCUGAAGGACGGACUGGACAUGAUGAAUGUGCUGCUCUUUGGACCGGGAGAAGAUGAGUAUAUCAUCUAGGUAAACAAAGACAUACUGGUUUAUCAUGUCUCGGAGAACAUCAUUAAUCAGAGCCUGGAAGACGGCAGGGGCAUUGGUGAGGCCAAACGGCAUUACGAGGUACUCGUAGUGUCCGGUAGGGGUGUUGAAUGCCGUCUUCCAUUUAUCUCCUUCUCUGAUGCGGACGAGGUGGUAGGCGUUGCGUAGGUCGAGUUUGGAGAAAAUGGUGGCCCCCUGGAGCAGUUCAAAGGCAGUGGACAUGAGUGGCAGUGGGUAACGGUUCUUUACCGUGAUCUCAUUCAGUCCUCUAUAAUCUAUGCAAGGUCUCAAUGUCUUGUCCUUCUUCUCAACAAAGAAAAACCCUGCUCCAGCAGGGGAUGAAGAGGGACGAAUGAUGCCUGCGGCCAAGGAGUCAUUUAUGUAUGUCUCCAUGGCCCUUCUUUCGGGUUCAGACAGGGAGUACAGGCGACCCUUGGGAGGUGAUGAACCAGGCAGGAGAUCAAUGACGCAAUCAUAGGGUCGGUGUGGAGGCAGAGAGGUGGCUCUGGUUUUGCUGAAGACCUGGCGGAAGUCAUGGUACUCGGGUGGCACCCCACUGAGGUCAGGUGACGAACUGGAGCUACACCCAGAGGGAUGAAGCGGAACUGAGGCUUGCUGCAGGCACCUCUGAUGACAGGAGGAACUCCACUCCUGGAUGGUCCCAGUUGCCCAGUCGAUGUGAGGAUUGUGAAGACGGAGCCAUGGAUAUCCCAGGAUAAGUGGCAGGCAGGAAGAGCUCAGGAUGUGAAACUGGACGGUUUCAUGAUGGUUACCAGACAGUAGCAGGUGAACAGGAGAGGUCUGAUGCGUGAGGGUGCCCAGGACAUGUCCAUCUAAGGCUCGAGCAGGAACCGGGUGAGGCAAAGGAACCCGCUCAAGCCCCAGCUGAAGGACCACCUCCUCGUCAAUGAUGCUGGCAUCAGCCCCGGAGUCAAUGAAGAUAGCCAAGGUGUGGGGGCCAUCUGGAAGGAGGAGGCGGCCUUGGAGCAGGGGUCGCUGGCUUUGGGGAGGUGACAGGGUAGUUGAGCUCACCAGGGUCUCCCCAACUACUGAUGAGCUCUGGCUUUUGCUGGACAGCCGGAGAUGUAGUGUCCCGCUGCCCCACAAUAGAGGCAGAGAUUAGACUUGCGUCGACGCUCUCUCUCUUCCAGGGAGAGAGAGGUGCGGCCCAACUGCAUGGGCUCUGGAUCCUCAAACUGCUGACCCAAUGGGGUGGAGUUGGGUGCAGCAGCACCCCCACGGGAGCGAGGUAGACGAGAAUGUUGGGUUCCUCCUUGACGCUUCUCUCGUCGACGAGUCUGAACACGAAGGUCGAUGCGGACGGCCAAGUCAAUCACCCCGUCCAAGGUGAGGGAGGUGUCAUGUGAAACCAGUUCAUCUUUAAUGUAAUCUGCCAACCCAUGGAGAAAGGCAUCACGGAGAGCUGCACUGUUCCAUCCACUUUGGCUGGCUCUGGUGCGGAAAUCAAUGGAAUAGUCAGCCACUGUUCGUUCGCCUUGCUUCAGUCCCAUCAGUCCCCUUGCCGAAUCAGAACCAGAAUUCUCAAACCCAAAAACCUUCCGAAGCUCGGCAGCAAACAGGUCAAAGGAAACACAGGCUGGAGACCGCCUCUCCCACUCAGCUGUUCCCCAUAGUCUAGCUCUGCCUGUCAGGUGGUUAAUGACAAACGCUACCUUCGCCGGUUCUGUGGCGAAGGUGCGGGGCUGUAGGGCAAACAGGAGAGAACAGUUGGUGAGGAAGGGGCCACAAGUCUCUCGAUCUCCAUCAUAACCCUCUGGGGUUCCCACCCGUGGCUCAGGAGCAUCGCUGGGUAGAGAAGAGGCGGGUACAGGUGCAGGAGCAGAAGGUGACGCUUCUGAAGAAAAGGCAGAUCCAGCAGAUGAGGGGAGCUGGGUCAGUUGAGCUGCUAGCUGUUGCAUCUGUGCGGCUAAAGCUGCAAGUGAUUGUCCUUGAGUCUCAGCAGCUCGUCUGGCUUCAGCGGCAGCUGCAGUCAUCUUGGCCUCAUGUUGCUGCAGAACGCCCUCAAUUCUCUCAAGGCGAUUCAGUGGUGAGGGAUUGUGUGCUGGGUCCAUAGUUUGGCCAGAUUGUACUGUAACGGGUAUUGACUGGACCCAAUUGCAGCACAAACAAGCAGGUUCACUUUAACAACAGUCUUUAUUGAACACCAAAUCCAAUGAAGCAGCAGAGUAUAGCAGGUGGGUAUGGCAGGAUUCGAACUCGGGUCUUCCGGGUGAUAGGCGAGCAGAUUAGCAGUGGACCACAGGUCAGGCAAGAGUUUUGGACUCGUGAGCAGGGAAUUGUCCACAGUCUUAAUUUGCUCCAUGAGUGUAGUGAAGGGGAAAACGCUCAACUCACAGCUGGAGGAAGAUUUCUUGGAGAGUGGUUCAGGUGAGGACUGGGUGAGGAUCCAGAGCUUGCAGAGGAGCUGGCAGAACCAACGUCGGCAGAGGAGGUGAGUUGGCGAGGUGAAGCUGACGAGAAGGGGGAUCUCAACAGAGCAGGAACAGGCUGAGUGCCAUUCAGCCGCAGGCAGACGAAUAGCAGGAAACAGGCAGGCAAAGCUCGUAGUCAAGGACAGAAGGCAGGUAGGUUUACCGGGGCUGAGGCGAGAAGCAAAGGUCAGGGGCAGAUCAGGUCGAUACCAGGUAAGCAGUCCGGGAAUUAACGCUGGAGAGUCAGGCAUGAGAGCGAAGACAAUCUGGCAAAGAGUGAGGGGAAAGAAGCUGCAUAUAUACUGGCCUGAUUGGAGAUGAUGAGCAGGUGAGAGCAGCAGGUGGAAGCAGUUAGCUGAUGAGGGGUGUGGCUGAGCAGCAGAGCAGGAGAGGGGCAGAGCAGACUGUUACAUCCAGCUAUUAACAAAUAUGUUUGGCCAUGUGUGACUGCAAAGUCGUAUUGACAUUACAUUCUUUAUGUACUCAUGUCCUGCACAUGACUUUUUGUCAUUUUAUGUGCUCAUAAAAAAAAAAAAAGGAAAGAUCUCUAGAGCAAAGAUUUCCUCACAAUGCAGGCUGAACAACAGGGUGUGACUUGAAUGAACUGCUGCUUCUGUGUGACUAAACCAUGGCCAAAAGUGACACCCUGCAUGAUCAUCAAACUUUAUGUUUAAUGAUCUCACUUUUCAAAUCUUAAAAGCCACAUAAUAGCAGCAAGAACUCAGUAAAAAGCAGUUCCAUUGAAAGAAAAAAAUACAGCUGGACCGUGUUUUACUCUAUGUGUCUCUUGUUUCCCCUGUCCACUUUAAGCUCUUUCACAUUCAUCACAUUUACACAUCGAAGGCAGAGGCUGCCAUCUAAAGAACCAUUAGUAUCGACUUAUCUCUAUCACACACUACAGGGCACAGCCAACACGAGCAGUUUAGGAUCAGUCUUGCUCAUUCACACUUUAGCAUGUGGACAGCAGAAUUGGGAUCGACCCCUUCCCACCCUCUUAUUGAGAAAGGCUGCUGAUGAGAUUCUUCAGAGAUUUCAAAUAAUUAUGAUAUUACAUACAAGGAGCACAUCCACAACAAAGAAUCCUUUUUCAAUUAUUUAUUCAUACAACAACACCCCCUAAAAUCUAAUAGUCUAGAAGGCUAAGCCGAACCAGCAGCAGGCACCACCAGGCUUGGCCCACAAAGUUUUCUGAGGGGAAACCGAACUGAGCCGAAGGGUCCGGGUCAGGGCUCUGUCUGUGGAGGGAUCCACUCUGAGCUGAGCCAAUUUGAAAUCCGGCUGUCAGCUAACAGCUAAGGGCUAACAGCUAACGGCUAACAGGUACCUCCUGUCCAACCAUGCUCCCACUCACCUCACCAUCCAGUUGUGAUCGCUGCCUCCAGCUGAGCCAAAUUAUCUCCGACCUGGAGGACCGCAUCUCCAACCUCUACCAACUCCACGGUUGAGAAAAGUUCUUGGAAUCUUUCAUUGUCACGACAGGAGCGACUGGUGCCGCUGCUGAAGCUAAGCUUGACGCCACCAUCCCGGUUGCCCUGAGCCAUCCCUCAACUCCAUGGGACAUCCCCGGCCCCCCCACCGCGCCCUCCGUCCGACCUGAGGCUGAUCUCCAUCCUAACAUCCCAGCGACUCAGCCCCCGACUAGAGGCGCCGAAGUCUGCUGGCUGCAGGAGGGUGCUAAGCCCAAGGCACCUCAUGGUUAUUUUACUCCCAACCCCAAACUGUGUAACUCCACUCCUGGUUCUUGGAUCCCGGUAAAAAGCAACACCAGGCUAAAGAAGAAAUCCCCUCCACGCCGAUGUUCCGUUGGAAUUCUUCUUUCCAACAGCUUCAGCCCUCUGGAUGAGCAGGACUUCCACUUCCGCCUCGGCAGACAGGUGCGCCACGAUGCACUCCUCCUCUGCUCCCUUCACCGCAGCGGCAUUCAGGUGAGCCUCGGCACGCUCCUCCAUCUUCGCCACCAACAUCCUCAACAGCUGCGUCCGCGCAUUUGCGCAUCGUUGAGGGAAGCACGCGGCUCACUCCCGUCCAACCAAACCCAGUCCUCCACCUCCUUCGGUACUCGUGGUCAGCACCUCAAUGGUACGUAACAUCACUCUGCCCACAUCUGUAAUCAGCUGCAACCCGGGUGCCAGUGUCAAGGCCAUCAACUCCAAAAUCCCAGAGUUACUGGAACAAUACCCUUCUGCCUCAUCUCUCUGCAUCCAUGUAGGUGGAAACGAUCUACGCUUUAAACAGUCCGAAUUACUCAAAAACGAUUUUAGGAACCUCAUCGAUAGCCUCUCUCUGUCAGACCACUGUUUUGUGAUUUUUGUGGUCCUCUGCCUUGUCCCUGCUACGGUGACGUGAAGUUCAGCCGUGUACAACACUUACAUGUGUGGCUAAAAGCUUACUGCUCUUCACUAAGUAUUCCAUUCGUGGACAAUUUCGCCACCUUCCUCCACCGCCCUUACCUUUUCAGACAUGAUGGACUUCAUCCAAACUUUCACGGAUCACGUCUCCUCUCUAUUAACAUGCACCUGGCCCUCUUAUCAGUUAAUAUGGACCUUACCCUCCGCUCCUUUACCACUGCCACCUCCUGACAAACUGUCAACACAUGCACACACACGCCCCCCACCCCUCAUCCCCCUGCUCUCCCUCACACCUCACACACCUCAUCAGCAACACCCCCACCACUCUCAAUAGAAAAACAGGACACUCACACCAUCAAAACCAUCAUUUCAUACAGACAGCCGAAACCAAGGACUGUUUUUAGAGCCCCCCGUGUUUUUAAAAUCCCCCUUUUAUCAAGGGCUGAGCGCACUUUCGGCACGGACAUUAAAAUGGCUGUGCUGAACGUGCGCUCUCUUUUAAAUGAUUUGAUUUUAGAAAAACAGCUCGACUGCAUCCUUCUUACUAAGACAUGGCUUGGCACUGAUGCACCUAUUGUUCUCACUGAAGCUUCCCCCACAAAUUUUAACUUUUUAUUUUCUACGCAGGAGGGGAAGAAAGGAGGAGGAACUGCAUCAAUAAUAUGAUCCAAACUGUCCCCUUCUGCAGUUCCUUUUAACAGCUACUCGUCAUUUGAAUAUCACGCCUUUGCUUUUAGCAGCCCUCCUAUCGUCUGCUUCAAUCUGUACAGACCCCCCUGCUACUCAUCCUCUUUUAUCAGUGAAUUCUCCAAACUUUUAUCAAUCAUCCACACUACCUACAACAAGAUUUUAAUAACUGGUGAUUUUAAUUUACACAUUGACAACACCUCAGACCCAGUGUCUAGAGAAUUUUUAAACCUUUUAAAGUGCUUUGAUUUUCAGCAGCAUGUGACACAGCUGACCCACAGCAGGGGGGCGCAUGCUGGACCUGGUCAUAAGCUAUGGCCUGUCCGUUAG